AUUUUCUGAAUCUUCUCACGCCAAUGUCUUGGUCACAUUUACGAUUUGGAGGUAACAUGUUAGGGUAAAAGUUCACCAUUAAUGUAACCUCACCUUAGUCUGGUACUUGACUAUUAUAAUCUGGUUUAUGAUAUGGUGAGAGACAGUUGUGGUAAACUCAUGAGCUAUUUAUAAACUAUAUUUUUUGGUGUCAUGAACUGAAAUUACAUUUACAAUUACAAAAGCCCAGAUUGCACAUUUGAAGACAUAAAAUAGCAAAAGAUGUAUGAAUACAUUGUCUAGUCGUUAGUUUAAUACAAUUGUAGGCAAUAUUCAAUCUCUUAAAAACAUAAUCAGAGGUGAUGGGUAGGAGAUAUAGGUAAACAUAAAAAAACAGAAUUUUGGUUGUGCGUCUCAACGCGUUUGAGCCCAAGGUUACAGAGGAAAGGGUAUAGCAUUUUCACUUUCACAUCCAUCCCAGACCAAAGAGGAAAUGAUCAAAUCCCAGGAGGAUAUGCCUAUAAAGAGAGCGGAACUAGUCUACAGGAGAUGGGAUCUGGAUAGAAGACCGAACGCGCGGUCCCUCGUCUGGUGCGCAAAAAGAGAAAUUAUGAUCGAAUUUGGCAACAUGGACACGGGAUUUACGUUGUUUUUCUAAACGAGUUGAAAAGCAAAGCUAUAUGAAGAGAAGUGAGAACCAUGUCUGACAAGAAAUUGCGGAGUUCAGACACCCGUCCCAAAUCUGGCAUCCGCAGCUGGAGCGCGGACAGCUACGUCUGGAGCAGCAAAAAGCGCUCCCGGAGUUCCAGGAACAAUGCAAGGGUGCAGGGUUCUGAUGGCGAGGGUCAGAUGGAGGAGCAAGGGGCUCGUUCCACCUCAUGUCCACGGCGACGUCGAGAGAGAAAAUGCAGCUGCACCGUUUUAGGGGACAUAGACAUGGACGUCGCCUGUAGAAAAGCCUUUUCCCGGCGCUCGCUCCGGCAGAAAUUCCAGGAUGCUGUGGGCCAGUGCUUCCCUCUCCGCACCGGCCAACAUCACCACAGCCACCCAACGGGGUCCACCAAGGGAGCCUUUUCUGUGCUCCUUUGGUCAAAGCGCAAGAUCCAUGUCUCGGAGCUAAUGCAGGACAAGUGCCCCUUCUCGCCCAAAUCAGAGCUAGCCCACUGCUGGCACCUCAUCAAGAAGCAUGCAGUCAACCCUAGCGCCGUUGCGGGUCCAGAGGCUGCACGGUCAGUUCAAGUUGCCCAGGCUUCUGGCAAAGAACUAGUCCCGUCCAAUUCCUCAUCCCUGCCUUCUACGCGUCUGUCCUGGGAUGGCAUCUGCUCGACUAGGCCCCUCAGCCUUGACGACUGGGAUCCAUCCUGUCACCCAUCUUGCCAUACCGACUACAUCCUGGUGCCUGACCUCCUCCAGAUCAACAAUAGCCCAUGUUAUUGGGGCGUGCUCGACCGCUUUCAGGCUGAGGAGCUCCUGGAGGGUCAGCCGGAAGGCACUUUCCUUCUCCGGGACUCUGCCCAGGACGAGUUCCUGUUCUCGGUCAGCUUCCGGCGCUACAGCCGCUCCCUCCACGCUCGCAUUGAGCAGAGCGGCAAGCGCUUCAGCUUUGACGGACGCGACCCAUGCAUGUACCGGGACCCGAGCGUAACCGGCCUGCUAAGUCACUACAGCGACCCUGCCACGUGCCUUUUCUUCGAGCCCCUCCUGUCCCGCCCCCUGCCCAGGACUUUCCCCUUCACCUUGCAACACCUGUGUCGCGCAGUUAUCUGUAGCUGCACUACAUACCAGGGAAUUGAGAUCCUUCCACUGCCUUAUCCGCUAAGGGACUAUCUUAGGCAGUACCACUACAAGUGCAAUGGGGCGUGUGCAAUAUAGAACUAUGACUCAGUUAAUUAUCAUUCCAGUGUGCUACUACUCUUUCACACCAAUUGUUUUUUUCAGAGCCUGACCGCAAUAUAGUUACUUUGUACUGGGAAAGUCUCAUUGGAUAAGCGAGUCUAGGAUGCUGUGCCGGUGAUCAACUGCGAAGGUUUUGGCUGGUGGAUAAAUGGUGUAACAGGGUCGAAAAAAGGAUUCCGUUUGAUACUUAAGGGGAAGUGAGAGAGAGAUUGUGAAUGAGAGAGAGGAUUUGAUUUAUUAUAUUAUUAAAGCUAUGAGAAAGUGCACAUAUUGUUUGAAGUCUCUUUAGUAACCUGAAACAAUAAUCCUUGCCACUUGUCGUCAGUCAGUAAAUAAAUGAACAAUAAUUAGCAUGAAAUAUGGGGACUGUGGAAACAAUGUUUCAUGUCAAUGUGGUCUUCCUCAGAUCAGUUUAAUUACUUGACUAUACUAACUAGAUUCCAACCCUACUCCUGGAGAGCUACUGUCCUGGUGUUGUUUUCACUCCAACACCAUGUAUGUGCAGCCUCAUUCAGUUAUUAACUGUCUAAUUAUUAGGAUAUAAUAUUAGGAUUGGAGAGACAGAUGGGUGAAGUUUUUUCUAAAGCCUCUAGAUGGCAACAUAAAUUCAGUUUUUAUCCAUAGUAUGGAUUACACAUAAUGUCUACACACUGCUUGGCGUCCUAUAUUGGGUUGCCUUAAAUUUCAUAAACAAUUUAUAUUUUGUUUCUCUAAAGAUCUAGACAAUGUAAUCCAUAUCCAGGAUCUUAAUUGUGUAUACCUUUACACACCAGAGUUAAUACUUGGUGGAAACACUUCUGGCAGCUAUUAUCACUGUGAAUUAUUUUGAAUAAUAUUCUAGCAACUUAGUACAACUUUUACGGCAACCUAUGUUAAUUGCUUUUGUCAAAAUUGCUCACUACAACAGUCAAUUUGGUUAGAAGUAAUUGAUGGACUUCAAACUCUCAUUCAUUUUCUGUUAAAUUUAUGUCAGAACUGGAACACUCAGUUCUGACAACAGUUCUGCAUCUCAUGCAUUCAAAUCUUCUAGAAUUAGGUUUGCAGAAGGUUUGAGGUGGGUUUACCUAAACAUUUUACCUGGGCUUUUCUCCUUUUAUAUUUCUUCUGAUCCUAUAAACUCUCCAACCCCAAAGACAACCAUAUGCUGCCUCCACAAUACAAUAAAUACAUUUUGGGUUGUGUUGAAUUUCAAAAUGAACUUCAUUAAAAAAUAUGAAUGCUAUGUUGUCUUUCGGGAUUACUAUACAGCCUGG